ACCAAAGUCAUCACCAGCUGCUCCAACCUUGAUUUCAAAUCCCUAGUGUUGGAAUACAUGCCCAACGGGACCCUUGGUAAAUGGUUAUACUCUCAUAACUUGUUCUUGAACUUACUGCAGAGACUUGAUAUAACGAUAGAUGUUGCGUCGGCAAUAGACUAUCUCCACAAUGGUUAUUCAACACCAGUGGUGCAUUGUGACCUGAAGCCAAACAAUGUCUUGAUAGAUCAAGAAAUGGUUGCUCAUGUAAGUGAUUUUGGCAUUGCAAAAAUGUUAGGUACAGGGGAGGCUUUUGUCCAAACAAGGACAAUUGCAACCAUUGGUUAUAUUGCUCCAGAGUAUGGACAGGAUGGAAUAGUAUCCACAAGUUGUGAUGUUUAUAGUUUUGGAAUUCUAAUGAUGGAGACGUUUACAAGAAUUAGACCAACUGAUGAAACUUUUACCAGAGACUUGACCAUACAACGUUGGGUUAGUGAUUCAAUCCCAAGUGGAAUUCAUAAGGUGGUGGAUUCUAAUUUGAUACAACCAGGGGAUGAACAAAUUGAUGCAAAGAUGCAAUGUUUGUUAUCAAUCAUGGAACUAGCUUUGAGCUGCACAUUAGCGACCCCUGAUGCAAGAAUUAGCAUGGAAGAUGCUCUUUCAACACUGAAAAAGAUUAGACUCCAGCUUGUCAGUAGUCUGCACUAGGUGGAAUCGGACCCGUGUGUUCUUGUAUGUUAUUUGAUUACCUAUGUCAGUUGGGUUAAGAUUUCCAUUCUGCACAAGUAGUUUUAAGUGUUGUAGUCACUGUUGUAGGAAGCAGCUUGUUUCUUGAUAUAUGUAAAUUUGAUGAUAUAUAAAAGUCAAAAAAUGGCAGUCUA